CACGCACGCUUCGCCCCGCCUCUUCCCUCUCCCCCGGCCCAAUGGCAGCCGGGGUGGGGCUUCCUGUCAUGGCAGCUCCCGGACCGCGGCCUUGAACCCCUCACGGCCCCUCACGGCCGCCGCCGCCGCUUUUCUCGCCAUGGGCACCGUGCACGCACGGAGUUUGGAGCCUCUUCCAAUGGGUGGGCCAGACUUUGGUGCCCUGGGAGAGGAAGCUGAACUGGUUGAAGUUGAACCUGAGGCCAAGCAGGAAAUUCUCGAAAACAAAGAUGUGGUGGUUCAGCAUGUGCACUUCGAUGGACUUGGAAGGACCAAAGAUGACAUUAUCAUGUAUGAAAUCUCUGAUGUUUUCAAGGCUAAAAAUCUCAUUGAUGUGAUGAGAAAAUCGCAUGAAGCUCGUGAAAAGUUGCUUCGUCUAGGAAUCUUUAGACAGGUAGAGGUUCUGAUUGAUACCUGUCAAGGAGAUGACGCCCUUCCAAAUGGUUUAGAUGUAACCUUUGAGGUAACAGAAUUGAGAAGACUAACCGGAAGCUAUAAUACUAUGGUUGGCAACAAUGAAGGCAGUAUGGUACUUGGGCUCAAGUUCCCAAAUCUUUUUGGACGUGCAGAAAAGGUAACCUUCCAGUUCUCCUAUGGAACAAAGGAAACUUCAUAUGGCCUGUCAUUCUUCAAACCACAGCCUGGAAAAUUUGAAAGAAAUUUUUCAGUUAACCUGUAUAAAGUAACUGGACAGUUCCCUUGGAGCUCUCUUCGUGAAACUGAUAGAGGAAUAUCAACAGAAUUUAAUUUUCCCAUCUGGAAGACCAAUCACACACUGAAGUGGGAGGGUGUGUGGAGAGAGCUUGGCUGCCUUGCUAGAACAGCAUCCUUUUCUGUUCGAGAAGAAAGUGGACACUCUCUUAAAUCUUCUCUCUCUCACGCUAUGGUAAUUGAUUCCCGGAACUCUUCAAUCUUGCCAAGACGAGGUGCUUUACUAAAAAUUAAUCAGGAGUUGGCUGGCUAUACAGGUGGAGACGUGAGCUUUCUAAAAGAGGAUUUUGAAUUUCAGCUGAAUAAGCAACUUCUCUGGGAUUCGGUUUUUUCAGCAUCACUUUGGGGUGGAAUGCUAGUACCUAUUGGAGACAAGCCAUCCAGUAUAGCUGAUAGGUUUUACCUUGGUGGACCAACAAGCGUGCGUGGAUUCAGUAUGUACAGCAUUGGACCCCAGAGUGAAGGUGAUUACUUGGGAGGAGAAGCCUACUGGGCUGGAGGCUUGCAUCUAUACACCCCUCUCCCCUUCCGGCCAGGCCGAGGAGGGUUUGGAGACCUUUUCCGAACACAUUUUUUCCUUAAUGCUGGAAACCUCUGCAAUCUUAACUAUGGUGAUGGUCCCAGAGCUCACCUGCAGAAGCUGGCAGAGUAUAUCCGAUGGUCUUACGGUGCUGGAAUAGUGCUCCGACUUGGAAACAUUGCUAGAUUAGAACUGAACUACUGUUUCCCUAUGGGAGUACAAUCUGGUGACAGGAUAUGUGAUGGUGUUCAGUUUGGAGCAGGAAUCAGAUUUCUAUAAUAUGGAAACAUUUUACAUCAGUAUAUGAAAUUGUGCUCUGUAAUUGAAAUCAAGACUAAUACAGCUCGAUACGGUCUAACUUUUUUCUUGAAAUACAGAUACACAUCUGAGUGAUUUACAUCUCAGACUCCACAGGAAACUACAUUAAAGAAUUAUGUUCUAAA